CUUGUCGACCUGGAUUCUACAAAGCCUCUGCCGGCAACGUGAAGUGUGCCAAAUGCCCACCUCACAGCUCUACCUACGAAGAUGCGUCUCUGAACUGCAGGUGUGAAAAGAAUUACUUUCGCUCUGAGAAAGACCCUCCAUCCAUGGCUUGCACCAGACCACCAUCUGCUCCAAGAAACGUUAUUUCUAACAUCAAUGAGACAUCCGUUAUCCUGGACUGGAGCUGGCCUCUUGACACUGGAGGUCGGAAAGAUGUCACUUUCAACAUCAUUUGCAAAAAGUGUGGAGGAAGCAUCAAGAUGUGUGAGCCAUGUAGUGACAACGUGCGAUUCUUACCCCGUCAGACUGGACUCACCAACACCACAGUGACAGUAGUGGACCUUUUGGCACAUACCAAUUACACUUUUGAGAUUGAUGCAGUCAACGGGGUAUCUGACUUGAGUACACUUUCCAGGCAAUUUGCUGCUGUCAGCAUCACAACUAAUCAGGCUGCUCCGUCCCCCAUCACAGUCAUAAGGAAAGACAGGACAUCCAGGAACAGCGUGUCUCUCUCUUGGCAAGAACCCGAACACCCGAACGGGAUCAUCUUGGACUACGAGGUCAAAUACUAUGAAAAGCAGGAACAAGAGACAAGCUAUACUAUUCUGCGAGCUAAAGGCACCAAUGUUACCAUCAGUGGCCUCAAACCUGAUACCACCUACGUCUUCCAAAUUCGAGCACGAACUGCAGCUGGAUACGGGACAAACAGCCGCAAGUUUGAAUUUGAAACCAGUCCGGAUUCAUUCUCCAUUUCCAGUGAGAAUAGCCAGGUCGUAAUGGUUGCCAUUUCAGCGGCGUUAGCCAUUAUUCUCCUCACAGUUGUGGUGUACGUCCUGAUUGGGAGAUUCUGUGGAUACAAGAAGUCUAAACAUGGCACAGAUGAGAAAAGACUACAUUUUGGGAAUGGCCAUUUAAAACUCCCAGGCCUGAGAACUUACGUAGAUCCACAUACGUAUGAGGAUCCCAAUCAAGCUGUGCAUGAAUUUGCCAAGGAACUAGAUGCUUCUAAUAUAUCCAUUGAUAAAGUAGUUGGAGCAGGGGAAUUUGGAGAAGUGUGCAGUGGGCGCCUGAAGCUGCCUUCUAAAAAGGAAAUUUCAGUGGCUAUCAAAACCCUGAAAGUUGGCUACACAGAAAAACAGAGAAGGGACUUCCUGGGAGAAGCAAGCAUCAUGGGACAGUUUGACCACCCUAAUAUCAUUCGAUUAGAGGGAGUCGUCACUAAAAGUAAACCAGUUAUGAUUGUUACUGAAUAUAUGGAAAAUGGUUCCUUGGACAGCUUCCUUCGGAAACAUGAUGCCCAGUUCACAGUCAUCCAGCUAGUAGGCAUGCUUCGAGGGAUUGCAUCUGGCAUGAAGUAUUUGUCAGAUAUGGGUUAUGUCCAUCGAGAUCUAGCUGCUCGUAAUAUCCUCAUCAAUAGUAACUUGGUAUGCAAAGUCUCAGAUUUUGGUCUCUCUCGUGUACUGGAAGAUGACCCAGAAGCUGCUUACACCACAAGGGGGGGCAAGAUUCCUAUCCGAUGGACAUCACCAGAAGCCAUUGCAUAUCGGAAGUUCACAUCAGCCAGUGAUGCAUGGAGCUAUGGGAUUGUUCUCUGGGAGGUGAUGUCUUAUGGAGAAAGACCAUACUGGGAGAUGUCCAACCAGGAUGUGAUUAAGGCUGUUGAUGAAGGGUACCGCUUGCCACCUCCUAUGGACUGCCCAGCUGCCUUGUAUCAGCUGAUGCUGGACUGUUGGCAGAAAGACAGAAACAACAGACCCAAGUUUGAGCAGAUUGUCAGCAUCCUGGAUAAGCUGAUCCGUAAUCCCAGCAGUCUGAAAAUAAUCACCAAUGCGGCGGCAAGGCCAUCAAAUCUUCUCCUGGACCAAAGUAACAUUGACAUUUCAGCCUUCCGCACGACAGGUGAUUGGCUCAAUGGUUUUCGGACAGGACAGUGCAAAGACAUUUUCACGGGUGUGGAGUACAGUUCCUGUGAUACAAUAGCCAAGAUUUCUACAGAUGACAUGAAGAAAGUCGGCGUUACAGUUGUGGGGCCUCAAAAGAAGAUUGUUAGCAGUAUCAAAGCUCUAGAAACUCACACAAAGAACAGCCCUGUUCCUGUGUAAAGUACCAAAAUGAUGUUGCUCAGGAGAGAAAAGUUGCGUCACAGGGCAAAUGUGAUGGCUGAUAAACGGCAGAAUUUAAAGGAGUUCUUUGCAACAGCUUUGGAAACAUAAUGGUUGAAAUUUCAAACCCACUAAGACACUCAAAUAUUGAGUAUAAAUGCCUUAAAAAUAGGAGUGAACUUGUUUUCUAUCUGUUAAUCCUAAAGGGUGGGUGCUCUUGACUGACUGUUAAUGCAGAUAGUAAAUCUCAAAAGAAAAAAAUAUGUAAAAAAUCCUUCCAA